AAAAAAGUACCACCUGCCUACUUAUUCUUCAUUUCCCUUCCCUCAUAUUUCUGCCUUCGAAGGAAAAAAAACACGGAAAAACAAGGGAAAUGAAGAUCAUGGUAGCUGUUAAACGAGUAAUUGAUUAUGCAGUAAAGAUCAGAGUUAAAUCAGACAAGACCGGUGUUGAAAUGAAUAACAUAAAGAUGUCAAUGAACCCAUUUUGUGAAAUUGCUUUAGAAGAAGCAUUGAGGAUAAAAGAAUCAGGAUUAGCAGCAGAAGUAAUUGCUGUUAGUAUGGGUUCAAAUCAGUGUGUUGAUACACUUAGAACUGGACUUGCUAUGGGUGCUGAUAGAGCUAUUCAUGUUGAUACUACUUCUACACUGUAUCCUCUCUCUGUUGCAAAGAUUCUUAAAGCUUUAAUUGAUAUUGAGAAACCUGGUUUGCUUAUUCUUGGGAAACAGGUUAGUCGAAAGGCUAUUGAUGAUGACUGCAAUCAAACAGGACAGAUGGUGGCUGGAUUGCUUAAGUGGCCCCAAGGAACAUUUGCUUCCAAGGUUGUAGUGGACAAAGAGAAACAAGUAGCUAGAGUUGACAGGGAGGUUGAUGGUGGUCUUGAAACUUUGUGCCUGGAUCUCCCAGCAGUUAUCACCACGGAUUUAAGGUUGAACCAACCAAGAUAUGCUACGCUCCCUAACAUUAUGAAAGCUAAAUCGAAAGUUAUAAAGAAGGUCACUCCUGCUGAGCUGAAUGUGGAAAUCAAAUCUGAUUUAGAACUUGUUCAAGUCACGGAGCCUCCCAAGAGAAAAGGUGGUGUGAUUGUUUCCUCUGUGGAUGAGCUCAUCAACAAACUAAAGAACGAAGCUCAUGUCAUUUAGUCAUCCCUUUUUUUCUCUCUCGUAGUACGCCCGACCAAUCUUCCUCAUUAGCAAACUGAACACUCUAAUUAGAUAAAGAAAAGAAGGAACCAUCAAAGUGGAUACGAAGUCUGUAAAUAUGUCAUCAAAUGUUGAGCUUCUGUUUCCUAAUAUAACGGGUGUUGGCUUGGGUCAGCUCCACUCAUUGCAAAUGAAGCCUCCCCUACCAGUACCAGACAAUGGUGUUUUUUUUUUUUUGCUAGUUUUUUUUUUUUUUGCUAAGUCCAAUAGUUUAUUAAAGCAAAAAACGUAAUUACAACGGUUUGUGCUUCCUUUAAUCAUGUUACUGUUGUUUGCAUCAAAUUGUCUCUCAUGUUUAAGUGCACAAGUAUGUUUGUUCAUGUAUUGAGAUGCAAACACAACGUCAAGCUAUAAUUUGCAUGAAGUAAGAAACUUAGUGAUACUGAUUGGGGGUU